CUCCCACACGUGGGGAUUUUCCAGUAUCAUAAUUUCAUGCUUUGGCCCUGUGUGGAAUAAACAGGUUCCCUGGGCAUUUCUUUGGGAUUUUGCCGGGCCGAGGUUUGGCAAUGGGUCGAGGCAUGGAGAAAUUUGACUGCCUACUUCCGGCUGCGGAGUCCAAGGCAACAAAGGAAAGCUCCGCCGCACUUUUCGGCUCCAAGUACGGUUUAGCACAGGCCUCUACGAUCUACCUUGGAAGCUUACCCCCAAGCUGCCAAUCCAUGACUCGCCAAUUGCUUGCUGUGCUUUUGGUCACAGCUGCCGCACAAGAAAUCUCAGAGACCCAGGUCGGUCUUGACGCUGCGUGGCAAGAUGCGAAGUUGCUGCUGUCCUUUGCCGUGGGCAUCAUCUUCAUGAGGUGCUUGGAGGUGCUGGCCGUUGGCCGGGAUGAACAUCAGGGACGGGCUAAGACCAUCGACCUCUACCCAUUCUUGACAUAGGCAGAUGGCACGUACAACAUCAUUUCCGUGAGGGAAGCCUUGAUCUUGCUGUGCAAGCAUUGCUUAAAAGAGUGUCCCCUUGAAUGAAACAUGAUUGCACACUUCAAACUGCAUGUUGAGCAUCAAGAACUAAUAUGCGCUCCUCACAUGAUGC